CAUUAGCCAAUAGGAGCGCGGCUGGCGAGUCAGUGUGGCCUCUUUAGUCCAUUCCUUUUACGGCAGUGCCAACAAUGUACCGACACUAGUCGAUCGGUGUCCGUCUCACGGUCUGAGGGCGUUGUCAACCUGUUGCGUUAAAUUUUGGCAAUUUCGGGAUUCAAAAAGUGUAUUUUCUGUGAUAAAUGUCGGUUAUCUAAACUUCUACCUUCGGAUUUUGUGCUUCGUCUCGCGGUUCUAGUGCAAUCAAGUGUCAAGUGAAGGAGUGUGCGUGUGCCCCUUCUGUAUCAUUUCUGGCCCAAACCUUUUCUAAUUUCGUGCGUUUUGUUAUCAAAUGGCUUUUCAUGUGCGUUUUUGAGUCAUUCUUUGCUCAUGAUUUCCGUCACAUACCUGAUUCUUUCACCACGAUGUGAAUUUUCGCGGUGUGCGCCCAUCAGUGUAGCAAAUCUCAAGUAGCCUUGAGAUAACCUAUUCUCGGAAGUGCAGUUGUUCUGUUGGUGUGUGAAUUAAAAAUCUCCAGAGCCAUGGCCAAUGGAAUGUUGGUCGGAGAUGGAUCGUGGAAUCUGAAAGUGUUUGUCACAGAUUUACAAACUGAAAGAUGCCUCCGUGUGAGAGGAGAUGUCCAUAUCGGAGGUGUCAUGUUGCGAUUAGCAGAGGAGCUAAAUGUGCCGAUGAACUGGUCGGACCACGCGCUGUGGUGGCCGGCGAAGAACAUGUGGCUGACGCGAACGCGAUCCACGCUGGACCAAUACGGAGUCCAAGCCGACGCCUUCCUCCACUUCACGCCCAUGCACAAAACCCUGAGGGUCCAACUCCCCGACCUGCGGUAUCUCGACUGCCGCGUCGACUUCUCCAUCAAAACCUUCAACGCAGUCAUCAACCUAUGUAAAGAAUUAGGAAUUCGACACCCUGAAGAGCUAUCCUUGUGUAAACCCCUAGAACCUUGUCAUCUGAAAAGUAACUAUAAAGAAAUGCAAGCUAAGAAACAUCAUAGAUAUGAAAUGAAUGGAAACAACAUACCACCAGACACAAACACAUUCAUUGCCAAUCAUAGCCCAACUGGAUCAACGCACAGUCUAGACAAAGCAUUUCCACCAUUUCUGUGUGCACCCGUAUCAUCAAGCAAAAGUCAAAACUCUACACCUAUUAGUUCUCCCAUCAGAUCGAACACAUGGAAGAAUGAUAGUUACAAAAUGAAUGGUAAUCACACGACAAAUGGACACAAUAUAAGCCUAGAACUCCUGAAUGGAUCAACAGAUACAGCUCUGGCACAUAGUCCGGCAGUGCCAACCCAUGAAGCCAGGUCAAAAUUAGUGAAACCAAAAUCCCUUGUAGAAAGAGCAAGGAUGAAUGUUGCAUGGCUUGACUCCUCUCUAUCAAUAAUGGAACAAGGUGUAAAAGAGUUCGACACCCUGCGGCUCAGGUUUAAAUUCUACUCCUUCUACGAUUUGAAUGCACGUUUGGAUGCAGUCAGAAUCAAUCAGCUGUAUGAACAAGCCAAGUGGCAAAUUUUAAAUGAAGAAAUUGACUGCACUGAAGAAGAGGCCCUCAUGUUUGCCGCAUUACAGGUCCAAGUAACGCUCCAAGCUGGGGUCCCGCAGUUGAUUGAAGAUAGCACAAACUUGUCUGCUGCUGAUGAUGACAUCGACGCAGCGCUUACUGACCUAGAGUUUUCCUUGGAAGGCUCUCAUAUUCAUUCACCAGUCGAUAUUACACAAGUGCCUGAGCUUAGCGACUAUCUCCGUUUCUUAAAGCCCAAACGCUUUACACUGAAAGCAUACAAGAGAUUUUGGUUUACCUGUAAAGAUUUGCAGCUCCAUCUGUACAAAAACCACCAGGAUUCGAAAACUAACUCUCCCGUCUACGAAAUCAAUCUACGAGGCUGUGAGGUCACACCUGAUGUUAACCUGUCUCAAUCAAAGUUUGGAAUAAAACUGGAAGUACCAAGCGCUGAUGGAAUGUCAGAAAUGUGGAUCCGAUGUGAUACGGAAGAACAAUAUGCCAAGUGGAUGGCAGCCUGUAGGCUAGCAUCAAAAGGACGUUCCUUGGCUGACAGUUCUUUUGAAGCUGAGACUCGUUCCAUAGCUGCGUUUCUUCAAAUGCAACGUGCAGCUCCUGCUCCCGCCAUAAACCCUGCAUCCCUAGAUAUUACACCGGAAGAUUAUGUGCCAUCUAGGUUUACAAAGAAACUUAAAGGAAAACUUGUGCAGCGGAUAUUGGAAGCACACGCCAAUGUCAAAAGUCUAAGUUCAGUUGAUGCAAAAAUGAACUACAUCAAGGCUUGGCAGUCAUUACCAGAUUUUGGUGUUUCAUUGUUCGUAGUCAAAUUAGUGGGUCAUAAAAAAGAGGAGCUCCUUGGUGUUGCAUCCAAUCGCCUCAUGCGCAUGGAUAUCAACACGGGUGACCAUAUCAAGAUUUGGCGCUUCAACACUGUCAAGGCAUGGAACGUCAACUGGGAAGUGAAACAAAUGAUGGUUCAGUUUGAAGACAGCAGUAUUGUGUUUUCUGUUCUGUCAGCAGAUUGCAAAGUCAUCCAUGAGUUCAUCGGAGGCUACAUAUUUUUAUCCAUGCGUAGCAAAGACUCAAAUCAAUCAUUAAACGAAGAAUUGUAUCAUAAACUUACCAGUGGGUGGGUCUAGUACUCCUUGGCAGUAGACCUUUCUGUAACCCUGGAAUAUUUGAAAAUAUUUCAACAAGUAGGAGUCAAACGUGGUCGAGUUAUUUUACAAUUACUAAUCGCAGUAAUUAAAUUAACACUUUAAUCCACAGCUCUUACUGAAGCCUUUUCGUUGUUUGUACAGUGAGUGUUGAAUAAUGUAAAAUGCCGUCUUUGCCUUAUCUUAGCAACUAGUUUUGUGUAUAGUGGUUUUUGAGCAGACUUGCUUUAUUUUGCAAAUUUUCUCAAAAAUCAAAUUAAUGAUGGAUUUGGAGAGUAGUCUUUUGAAAGUCCAGUAAUGCAGCUGUAGUGUCAUUCUUAGAGACCUGAAAUAGUGCAUUUUUAGAGGACUAUUUCGCCCAACUGCAUUACAUCUCCGACUCUUUGUAAGUUGACGGAUGCCCUAAUGAAAGCGUAUGUGUGAAAUUGAGGAAUUUUUCAUGGAAUAUAGUCAAGAAUUAUCCUAAUGCUUUGUGCGUUUCUUAUGUCUCGCGUUGAAAAAGUUUUAUUGUAAGUGAUCAGUGAUCAAGAAGACUGCAACACUAAAAAUCAAGAUCAGGAAGAGUGCAACACUAAAAAUCGACGAUAAUCAGGUUUUUUUUAUUUUUUGUUAGCAUAAGUGGACAACAAAAGUCUUUUGUGAGUUGAGUUUUAAAAAAUUGCUUCUUAGAGUGUUUAUUCUGCUUUAAGUGCGAAAUAGAAAAGCCUUUUUACUGAUGAAUCCUUCGAACAAAGCUGCUGUUUUAACACGAAAUCAAUUUUUUCCAAAAAGGAAGUCAGCGCUGACAGUGACUGUUGCUGAAUAUGUCAACUGCAAGUAUAACAGAUUCAAGCUCUGGUGGUUGGCCCCAUUGAUUAGCCAAAAAAAUAUCUGAACAUGAUUGUGAUACUUGUGAAUGACUCAUAAUUGCUUUGUGCUAGUAAUAGCAAUGUUUAAAGAUGAAAUGAAACACUGAAGGACCCAAUCUUAUACAGCUGACUUUUUUUCUUUUUUUUUGUCAUGAAAAUGACAGGAUUCUUCUACAAUUUUAUAGACACUCUGUUUUCAGCCAAUUUUUGUGUAUCAUACCUACAUAGACAAUCUAUUUCUCUUCUUUUUUAAAUCGUAUGCACAAAAGGCGUGCUUGGUGCCUUAAAAAUGCCUGUUUUAAUGUUUUCAUUUUACUUUACUGUAAGAAAAUGACAUCAAAUCCAUGUUUGAAUCAAGAACGUAUUAAUAUAGUCUAUUAGAGAACUAUAACAAUAAAGUUUCUAUUUGAUCGUCAAUUCUAUUUAAAGUUCGACUAAAAACUAAUGCAUAGCUGACUUUGUUUGCAACAAACAUGAUGCACUUCCGCAUCAAACUUGCCAUGCAUUAGUCUAUCAGAGAACUAGAACAAUAAAGUUUCUAUUUGAUCGUCAAUUCUAUUUAAAGUUCGACUAAAAACUAGUGCAUGACACGUUUGAUGCGGAAGUGCAUCAUGUUUGUUGCAAACAAAGUCAGACUCAUGUGUUGUUUUUGUAGAGGAAGGCUGCAAUAGACAGUUUGUCAUUCUCUGAUCGAGCCUCACCAAUGUAGGCUAUACAAUUUUAAUUCUUCAUCAGGUUCCAGUUUUUUCAUACCACAUGAGACAAACAAAGUGUUGCAAAUUUUAAAUCAUUGCUUUUUAAGUUAAUGCUAACUUCAUUGGUAAUUUUAAAGCCUUUUUGUCAAGUUGGGAAGCAAUCAUAUUUUAUUAUUUUUUUUUUAAAGUAAAUAAAUUCCUUUUUAUUGAUCAAUCAAUCAGAGCUGUGUAGUCUUAAACAAUUUUAGACAAGGAACUACUUCCAUAAUUUAUUCUUAUGUAUCUGUAACUCUAGUACCUUGGUUGCCAUUUGCAACUGCCAACAGUAUUUUUUAAAUAUGUCUAAGUUUUAGGUUAAGCCUCGUUGAGCAUUUUGUUUAUGGUGUUUUAAUUUUACAAAAAAAGAAGAAAUCAUGAUUUUGGCUGCAUAGCUGAGUAGCAUAGAUAAACUGAGUGUCUAAUGCCAUUGUUAAGUAGAUAUCGCUUCGGAUGUUUACUGCCUUUUCAUCAUCUCUCAUACUGAAAUCAGAAUGUCAGCAUGAAAGUGAAAGAGAAAUAACUAUCUGUAAAGGGCCACUCAUAAAAUACAUAACGCUCCAUGGAGGGAGGGAGGGUUGAGAAGAGCGCUACGCUAUUUUGUUUUUACAGAAGAGGGGCCUACAACACAAAAUCGCUACGAGGGCUGAGGGGAAGUUCCAAAAAUCUGAAGUUCAGCGAUACAUAUUUUAUGAACGGCCCGUAACAGAUUUAUUAAAUAUGUUCAGUUUACCAGACUGAUGGAUGCCAUAAUUUUCACUUAAGUGACGUAUUUAUUUGUUUGUAAAUCGACUUUUGCAUGUUGCAUAAUAUUUUGUUUCCUUUGUGUAACCAUGUUUUGUUUAACCUUGUUUUUCUGUUCAAAUUUAUAUGUGUUUGUCUUCCGUAAAAUAUUAUUUUAUUUAAAUCAGAAUAGUUAUAAUAUCAAUAAAUUUGUUGUCACUGGUUCUAGUAAUCAAACGAUUGUUCAUAACACAGUCUAGCAGAACGCGUUUAUUCUAUAAUACAGGAAAAAUAUUUUUCAAGUUCUCCACUCAAACUUGGAUUAAUAUUUGCUGAAUGAAGUUUUUCCUUGAUUUAAGAUAUGUAUGCAAGCAUCCCAUGAUUUUGCAAACCAAUUUAAAUAAUAAUUCCAAACGAACAGUCUUUUGAUUCUGAUUUUCUCAACUUUUUUUUCAUUUAAUUAUCUUUACUUCUUAUCCUAUAUUACGAAAGAAACUUUCUCUGAAUCAGACACAUAUGUAUGAAGUUGAUCAAAACAAAAGUGUAGCCAGUAUUGCAAAGGAGAAGUGGCAAACUUUUUAUAGGAGAAGCUAUCAUCCCCUCGAAAAUAGUAGAACGAGGUAUUCAAAGUAGCCAAUUUUUACAAAUGAAAAGCAAUGAGGUUGUGACCCCAUUUUAGUAUUGUUGCAGGAGGAGGCAAAAAAUUGGGGGCACUGAAAGAGAAUAAAGCUGUGCCUUCUUCUUGCGCAACUCUUCAGUGACACCUUUGAAUUAAAGGAACUGACUUUUACUGUUAACCGUAGGUAAUCGCACUAUUUACUAAAAAUAUCCAAAUUUUUUAAAUCCUCUUUAUCUUAUUCAAGCGAUUAUUAUCUUUAUCCAUGCGAGUCUCACCUUUUUUGCAGUUUUUACAGUUUUUACAGUUUUACAUACUUGUUUGACUUAUUUGCCUCAUCAUUAUUUUAGUGCUCUUCAAGGAAUUUUCACUUUCCUUUUUUUAAAGUAAAACUUCAAUCAGUAUUUCCAAGUUGCAGUGUACCUGAGUUAAUUUCAUUUACAUGAAACUGCCUUUAAACAAUUUGUCAAGGACCCUGAUUAAGUGAAAUUUGUUAGUUCUGGCCCAAUAAUAAAAUUAAAUACAUAUUUCAAGGCGGUUAUGGAGUGAUUGGAGAUCAUGGGUUUCUCUUUAUUUUUCAAUUUGAAAAGCAAUAUUAAUUGUACCUUUAACUUAUUUUGCCACUAAAAUGUGUGCUUUUUGUUGAAUUAAAGAAUCAAUAAAGUCAAAUCAAUUUUUUGUCAAAUCGACUCAUGUUCCUAAACUAAAUUCUUGUUGCUGAAUGUCAUAUUUGUUUUCUUUGUACAUUUAGGAAAAGAAAUAUAUUUUUAGCAUGAUUUUUGCUGCAACGCAAUGUGUGUGACAUCAGAACAACUUCUCUUUUUCGUCUUGAAAGCAAGAUCCUGAUCCCAUUUAGUAACGUCAAUUCAAAAUUACAAAUGACCUUAUGGUCGUGCAGUACUUAAAAAGCGGAAGGUUAUAGUUUUCCCCCUCUCAAAUUCUGUUCCAAAGUGCUCAGAGUAUUUCGAUGGUGAAAGCACCAGACCUUGUAUCUCGGUUUGCGACAUUGUAGACUUUCUGUUAUACUGUACUUUUUAAAUGGAAAAUUAUUCAACGUCAAUUGAGGCCUUGAGUGCGAAAAGGGCACUUCUUGGUUGCAGUGUUUCAGAGUCUCCUCUAAUAUUUCAUUCAUUGUAAGGAAAGUGAAUGCAUCUAUUUCACUAAAAAUUUCACUGAAUAUUCCUUACGAUUCUACAAUUUUCUAUGGAAAGAAUUCUGGCAAAAUCACACAUUAAAUUCUUUUCCAAGAGAUUGAUUAGCAACAGAGAUUCUGGAACACUGCAAUCGAGAAGUGCCCUUCUUGCAUCCAGUGCCUCAAUUCUUGAAAACUUCCGUGUUUUUUCUUUUCUGUGCGAGGUAAACUCUGUUAAAAUGUCAAGAAAUGAUCUUGAUUUGUUCUCCUUCAAAAAAUACAAUGGAAGCGGACAUUUUUAUACGCUUCAAAUGAGAUAUGUGGUCUAUUAGUUUCACCGUCGAUCUUCAAUAUUGCCUUUGGCUACUUAUGUAAAUGCUAUAUACAUUAUAAAUGUUAGUUAUUAAAAGUGUUUAUUCUUGUUUUUAUAUUUUAUUAUUUUUUUAUUAUUUAAUCAUGAAUUUUCUUUCUUUAGCUUGCCUUGAGGUGCUUAGUAAGAUUUUUAAGGACGCAUGUUAUGUUGUCAGAAUUUAACUUUGUAACAUCUUUCAAUUAUCUUUUCUUCCACUCAAUCGUGUCAAGACAAUUAAUUCAUGUAACUAAACAAAUUAAGUCUACUUCUCACUAACGGGAAAGUUUAGUCAAGUCAUCAUUGUCAGCAAACCCUCUGGAACUAAUCUAAGUUUAACAGUAACUUAAUGCCGUUUGUUCUUUGAAGAUUUGUAAUUGAAAGCUCCCACAGAAGUCUUCUUUCGUAUUGUUUUUAAUUAACAGCAUGUCAAAAGUUGAGGCCUUAUUUUAAUUGAUAAAUGGUAAAUAUUUGUUAAUGUCUGUCAUUAAAUUUAUUAUUAAUUGUAUUAAUUACAAAUCAAUGUUAAUCUUGUAAAUGUCAUUUAUGUUAAGUAGAUCAACAAACAUGUACAUUUAUUCAAUGUAUAGUUUAGAACAUAAAUAAAUCAAACACUUUAAUUCAAUUACACAAA